CGCCAUCUUGGCCUUGACGGCGCUCACUUUCCGUACUGCGGAGCGUCACGCAUGACCCUGCGGCUGCCCAACUUCUUGAGCGGCCACAAAUGGAAGCGCACGGACGACGAGCCGCGCGUCUCGACCGUCUCGUCGUCGGCGUCGUCGGCGUCCAUGACCAGUAGCCGCCGGCUCUCGCAGCUCCAGUUGCUCUCGGGGCACCCGAUUCGGCUCGACUCGUUCCGUCGCCAACACCCGGACCUGCAAGCCGAGGCGUCGUACACCAAGUGUCCGCGCCGGGACACGCGUGACUCGGACGACGACUUGAUGCCGUUGGAUCUCUGGGAAGACACGACGCCGCACCCGUCGGUGCAGUGCUACGCGGUUUUGCACGAGUUUGUAGCGACCGAGCUAGCGUACUUUGACGCGCUCGAGGCCAUGAAGCGCGUCUUCGACAAGGUGUUCCACGUCGCCUUUGACCACCCGGCGCUCACGACCUUGUAUGCGACGACCAUGUCGCUGCACGCGCUCCACGGCGAGUUUGUCGCGUCGCUACCGACCCUGGCCGACCGCGUGCACGACCAUGUACUCGAAGCGCACAGCCGCGCCAUCAUGCAGGCGCUCCGUCGCCGGCUCCCGUUCUUCAAACUCUACUCGCAUUAUUGCUCGGCGUACAAGGAAGUGACGACUCUGCUGCAAGUGCGGCCCGUCACGCGCGUCGCACCCGAGUGCCAAGCGUUCGUCGUGCAGCUCUGCCACGCGUCGCGGUCGCUCCAGGUCGAUAUGCAGUCGGAGAUGAUCAAGCCCGUCCAGCGGCUGUGUCGGUACCCGCUUUUGAUCCGCGAGUGGCUCGCGUUCGCGCCACCGUCGCUGGCGGGAGCCCUCCAAGACCUCCUUCUUGACGUGAAGAACGUCGCUGCGCUCGUCAACGAACGGGUGCGCGCCGAGCAAAACAACCUCAAGCUGUUUGAACUACGAGCGCGGCUCGUCGGCCCUCAGUGCCCCGAACUCUGUCUGCCGACCCGCCACCUUCUCGGCGACGUUCACCUUCACGUGGUGUCGACCAUGUCGCUGGCGCCGUGGGGCUUUUGGGUCGCCCGGCCGCGGACGCUGAUUGUCCUCUCGGACAUGCUCUUGGUCGCGAAACCCAUGCGCAAGCAGCGGGCCAAGGUGCGCAAGCAAUUCGCGUGGAGCCAACUCGCGCUGGACGAAAUCGAUGUGCAGAAGCACCCGUCGUGGGAUGCGAACACGAGCUUUCUGCUGCGCGCGCAGCGCUUUGACGGGCAGUGGUAUACCAUGCUGCUCAAGUGCGCGACGGCGAAAGGCAAGCGCGAGGUGCUCACGCUGCUUCGAUCGGCCAUGGCGCAACACGUCAAGCAAACGCCGCUGGCGACACCAGCCUAUGCGUCCGUGAGUGCUGUCUAGUAGAGUUAGCACAGCACGUAAUGUAGUACUAAUUUACAUCCAUCUGGA